GCGUCCUCUGGAGUCUUAAAAGCACAUGUUAGAACUCAUACUGGAUUGAGGUCCCACAAGUGCCCUGUAUGUAAUGGAGCUUUUACAACUGGUGGCAGUCUCAGGCGUCACAUGGGCAUUCAUAAUGAUAUGCGGCCAUACAUGUGUCCUUAUUGUCAGAAAACAUUUAAGACUUCCAUAAACUGCAAAAAAACACAUGAAAACCCACAGAUAUGAAGUUGCCCACCAACUUCAGCAACACCAGUCUACACCUUCUGAAGAAACCUCAGUAGAUCAGAUUCAUGUAUCCAGUCAAAUACAGGUGGAAAUAGAAGGGACUAACCUACAUCAGCAAACCACUGUAGCCACACAACAAGAAGCAAUUUUACAGCUCAGCCCGCAGCCAGAUAUGGAUACUGUUUCACCUGCUCUAGAGCAGACGCUUGCUGAACAACCUCUACAAGCUGAAGAAGAUAGAUUUGUGACUUCCCAGCAUGCACUACAGGAGAAUAUUGCCCAGUACGAGCCUCAGGUCUUGCCUCCACAGCCGUUUGAUCAGCAAGGGCUACCACAAGGCUUUACAGUAACUGAUGGAUUCAGCCAGCAAACUUCUUUCCCAGCUGUACAGCAGUUACAGGACUCCAGCACUCUUGAAUCUCAAGCUCUCUCUUCAAGUUACCAACAGCCAACUCUUAUGGAGGUACCCACCACAGACACAAUGAAUGUGACUGCUCGCUUAAUUCAGGAAGAGACACAAGAAGAGAUUGAAUUGCAGACCCAGCGAACUACGUUUCUGGAAUCUACAGAGGAUCAAAGCAGGCGUGCUUACAGAUGUGAAUAUUGCAGUAAAGGUUUCAAAAAGUCCAGUCAUCUGAAGCAGCAUGUUCGAUCCCACACUGGAGAAAAACCAUAUAAGUGCUCUAUGUGUGGUCGUGGUUUUGUUUCAUCUGGGGUACUCAAGUCACAUGAGAAGACUCAUACAGGUGUUAAAGCUUACAGUUGCACUAUAUGUAAUGCGUCCUUUACAACAAAUGGCAGCCUAACAAGGCACAUGUCUACUCAUGUCAGUAUGAAACCCUACAAGUGCCCUUUCUGUGAUGAGACCUUCAGGACAACAGUUCACUGUAAAAAACACAUGAAGAAGCACCAGAACAUUCCCUCCAGCCUCCUUUCAGAUGGAGAUGGGACUACAAGAGAUGUAUGUCUUGAGGAAGAGGAGGAGAAUUCAGAGAGACUAGAAUCAAGAAAGUCCCGCCAUGGGGUCAUUACUUUCACAGAGGAGGAGACUGCUGAACUGGCAAAAAUUCGACCUAGAGAGGGAGCUACUAUUUCUGAGAAAGUGCUGGUGCAGUCAGCGGCAGAGAAAGAUCGUAUAAGUGAAAUCAAAGACAAACAAGCAGAACUGGAAACUGAACCCAAAUUUGCUAACUGUUGCACUUACUGCCCCAAAAGCUUUAAGAAGCCCAGUGACUUGAUUAGGCAUAUACGUAUCCAUACAGGAGAAAAACCAUUCAAAUGUGAAGAGUGUGGAAAGAGCUUUACAGUUAAGUCAACACUGGAUUCCCAUGUUAAAACUCAUGGAGGUCAAAAACUCUUUAACUGUCAUGUCUGUGCUAAUUCCUUCUCAACUAAAGGCAGUCUUAAAGUACACAUGCGCCUGCACACCGGUGCAAAACCUUUUAAAUGUCCUCAUUGUGACAUGCGAUUCCGGACAUCUGGCCGUAGGAAAACUCACAUACAGUGCCAUUAUAAAUCAGAUUCUAAAAAGGUCAGGAAACCAGUUGUGCGCAGCGCAGUGGAAUCUCUUCAGCCAAUAAACCUGCUAAACACAUCUGCUACAGACCCAAGCGUCUUCAUCACAAACAGCUCGGUGCUUUCCAGCCAGUUUGAUCAGAGUUUACUUCAGCAGGGACUGGUUGGUCAAGCCAUUCUUCCUGCAUCUGUAUCAGCUGGUGGGGAUUUAACAGUGUCACUGUCAGAUUGUAGCUUGGCCACUCUGGAAGGAAUUCAGCUACAGCUGGCGGCCAACCUGGUUGGACAAAAUGUUCAGAUUUCUGGAAUUGAUGCCACAGGCAUUAACAAUAUUACACUGCAGAUUGAUCCCAGCUUAUUACAGCAAACUCUGCAGCAUAGCAAUAUUAUACCUCAAGCUCUAACUGGAGACUCUGGUGCAGUACAAUCUACCGGCACUCUGCAGACAAGUGAUAAUGCUGUGCCAGCAAAUGUUGUACUUCAGCCUAUAGCAAGCUUGUCUCUGCAACCUGGCACAGCAUCCUCUUCCAACCUGACCAUUACACCUAUCAAUGAACAAGAAUCAGUGUUGAGUUCCAGCAGCACAAGUGGACAUGAGCUUUCCCAGGUUAUGACUUCCCAAGGUCUGGUAUCUUCAUCUAAUGGACCACAUGAGAUCACGCUGACCAUUAAUAACUCCAGCUUAAGCCAGGUUUUAGCCCAUGCUGCUGUCAACACUCCAACCACAUCCUCAGUGUCCCCACAGGAGAUCACCCUUACCAUAUCUGAGCUGACCACAUCAACUGGCAGUCUUCCUAGCACCACCUCAAUCACUCAAAACCCUGUCUCUACUCAGAAUUUGGUUAUGUCAUCUGGAGUGGGAGGAGAUGGAAGUGUAACUCUAACUUUAGCUGACACUGAGAGUAUGUUGUCGGGAGGACUUGAUACUGUGACCCUGAACAUCACUCCCCAGAGCCAGCAAUUCUCUGGCAUUCUAUCUGAUAACAGCUUAUCUGGACAAAGUGGAACUGGCUCUCAACAGGUGAUAUUGGUUAGUCAUGGAGGACAGACUUCUAGCAACACUGGUGAUCUCAAUUUCCAGGUUACAGAUGAAGCACGCAUAGGUAAAGGAAGCGAUGCAGACAAGCAGGACAGGAUAUACCAGUGCUUUGAAUGUAACCAUUACUUUCCUUCUGCCUGCAUAUUGGCAGAUCAUAACAAAGACGCUCAUGGGAAAGAAAAGAUUCAUGUGUGCCACCUGUGCAAUAAAGCCUUUAAGAGAGCAUCACAUCUAAAGGAUCACAUGCAAACACACCAGCCUGGGCCUUCUAGAAACUCUCAAUUGCCAAAAUUAUUUAAGUGUGACACAUGUGACAAAGGAUUUGCUAAACCAAGUCAGCUUGAAAGACACAGCCGCAUUCAUACAGGUGAACGACCAUUUCAGUGCACACUAUGUGAGAAAGCUUUUAACCAGAAGAGUGCACUGCAAGUGCAUAUGAAAAAACACACUGGAGAAAAACCAUACAAAUGUGAUUACUGUUCAAUGACCUUCUCGCAGAAAUGCAAUAUGAAGCUACACAUGAAGCGAACCCAUUCUUACCCUGGUAGGUUUUGUUGA